CAGCAAUUCCCCUUCGCCUCCCCGCUUCCACCGCAACCCCACAAGCUCUUCUCGCCGCCGCACCAGCUCGUGGCACCCUCAGUCCUAACCCUAAAACCCUUACCCCUCGCCUCCAACCCCACGCUCUCAUGGAGGGGCGCGGAGGCUAAGCGUAGCCAACCCUAUCGCAUAUCCCCAUGGAUUGAGUCGUCGAUUCCAAGGCAUGGGUCCAAACCCUAGCCUGCAACAGCUGGCCGCUGCGGCGGCGGAGGUGGCGAUGACGGUGUCUGAGCCGCCGCUGCAGCCACGGGCGCGUGUGGUGCGGAUCCUCGUGCACGAUGCUGACGCUACCGAUUCGUCCUCCAGCGAUGAUGAGGCGCCGCCGCCGCCUCCGCGGAGGGCGAGGGGUGGCAGCAGCAGCGUGGGCGCGAAGCGCCGCGUCAUGGAAGCGGUCGGGGCUAAUCCGCCCGUUCACUUCCGUGGCGUCCGCCGGAGGCCGUGGGGGCGCUGGGCGGCGGAGAUCCGCGACCCGCACAACCGCCGCCGCCUGUGGCUGGGCACCUUCAACACUGCGGAGGAGGCUGCCGCCGCCUAUGACACUGCAAGCAUCCGCCUCCGCGGUGCCAGCGCCCGUACCAACUUCCCGUCCGCUCGCUACCCGCCGCCAUCAGAGCCAGCCAAGCCUAUCAUCUCGCUGACUCCUGAGCCAGGAAAGGUGAUCACCUUGCCACCAGUACCUGUGAAACCGACCGUCCCUCUGCAGGUGAAGAAGGAGGGUGGGAGCUAUAACGGCCAGGUGGAGGGAGGUAGCUCGGAGCUCAAGGCUUUUGCACCAAAGCCUAUGUGGGAGAUGAUCCCUGGGAAGCGCAAGAAGCGUCCGGGCUGUGGCAAUGGCAGUUGCCUGCGCAUCGCCAUCCGUGCUGCUUCUGUCUGCGUGGAGGAGGUUGGCGGGGCAUGAGGCCCCAAGUACCCGUAAUUACUAUCCCUAGAAGCUUUAUUGUCUAUCUCUAUAGCAUCAUUAGAACCUGGUAUUGUAUAAUUUUGGUUAGUGUUAAACUGUCGAUGUGAAAACAUAUGGCUCAGGAUGCGAUAUGAUUGGGUGAUGCUGCUCUAAUGUAUAUAUGGUGUUCUGUUACACUCAGAAAUAUGUGCCUGAUCUGUAUGAUGCAAUAUGCCAUGCUUGAAUGUGGAAUUGAACUGUCA